AUGCCAAGAAACUCAAUUUCCGCCACACGAACCUCCUAUAUCACGCCUCUUCAUCUCUUCACUACUCCAGGCAUCUCUUACCCUUCGCCAUGGCAUUCAACUGUGCUGCAUGCCUGGGGAUUUCACCUCCAAUCUGAUCCGCUGAUCAUGGCAGGCGAAACAGGGCCAGUGGAGGUCUCGCGAUCCCAUGCAAUGGUGAUUGCGGGACUGUUUGCCCUAGCGUGUUGGAAUGUGCUACACAUCAUGGUAUCAAUAUUCACCACCUUCAGGCGAUACCGCGGCCUCUACUUCUGGAGCAUGUUGGUUUCUACCGUGGGAAUCCUUCUUCACACCAUCACAUCUUUUCUUCGCUACUUUGCGCUUGCUCCAAAUUUCCCCAUGUGUGUCUUGAUCUGUAUCGGCUGGUACGCUAUGGUCACAGGGCAAUCCGUGGUGCUAUAUUCCCGACUCCAUCUGGUCACCUCAUAUGACCGCUACUCACGAUGGGUAUUAUGCAUGAUUGUCUUCAACUUUUGUGCUUUGCAUAUACCCACUACCGUCCUUUUCCUUGGCAUCAAUCGCGGCGCACACUCUCUCGAUGAGCCAUUCAACAUCUACGAGCGCAUCCAGCUUGCAGGAUUUGCUGCCCAGGAAACCAUCCUCAGUGCUCUUUAUAUCUGGGAAGCCAUGACUACCCUGCGACCCAUCUUGCAAAUCAAGGGUGCUCAGGGUCAGAGAGUCCUGAUGAACCUGGUCGCCGUCAAUGUCAUUGCCGUCUUGCUUGACGCUUCUCUGUUGACAACAGAAUACACAAACCACUUCGACGUCCAAACAACCUAUAAACCGGUCGUCUACAGCAUCAAAUCGCUCUUAGAGUUUACUGUACUCAACAGCCUACUUGUCAUUGUGCGCGCAAAUCCAUCAGGCAUCGAGAAUCUCGACCAGUCGAACAGAGACGAGCUUCAUAUGGAGCUGCAGUGGAGCGGCAACCGCUCAGACAACGCCACCCCUUCCAGCUUUGGCCCACCAAGGUCCGACCAGGUUAUUCAAAAGUUUCCAUCCCGAGAGUCACAUCUCAAACUCAAUGGCUACUGGUCAUCAUGUAAUGAGCAGCGGGAACCGGUUUGA